UACUGAAGUAGGUAUAAUACGCGAACACGCAGGCCGGUAAAUAUUCGUUUUUUUUUUAUUAUUAUGGCAGUAUAUCUGUAAAGAUAAGCGGACGUGUGGAAAUAAUUGAUCACAACAAAACAGCAGGUGAACCAGUGCGACGAUGUGGGUGAAUUAAAUGAUGGAAAAUCGGGAAAAAUGAUUCACACCUCGAGGAAAUUGUUUUUGACGGUCCUGUUGAUUUCCGCGUGGACCCUGGUUCAAACGGUUUUCCAUCUCUUUUGGGUGCUUUAUGGGUAUUUGGCGCUAAUGUGCAAAGUCAGGCCCGAGUAUUAUGACGUUGUCUUUGUUUAUCUCACCUACUUUUAUAAGAGUUCUUGUGGCCCAAUCCACCUCAAAAAAGAGACCCUCUUCCUCAACACCACCACCCCCGAAGACGCCCUUCACAACACAAACGAAACCACCUCGAACCUGUUGUACCGGUUUUUAGUUGAGACCCUUAACAAGGGCGAACUACCCCUGCAAAGUGAGACUUUCAACAGGACAGAGAUGUACUUGAGCCUGUUUUGUAUUAGUGAUAUAGGGUGGUUUUUGUCCGCCAUAGGGUUGUCUGUAGGGGCGUUUUGUAAGUUGAAACAGAAGUACUUUUCGAUAGUGUUUUAUGGCCCAUGGUUGUUGUGCUCUCUGUUCGUUAAUUUUCUGGAUGUGGUGUCGUCUGUACAUUUCGGGAUUGACCUUAUAUCAAUUAAUAGCUACACCACGUGGCUCCAGUUCGUCGGGGUGGCCAACUACGAUGAUUUCGUCACCUACGACUCCCACCCCAGCUCCAAGGUGAUCCCGGCCAUCCCCUCCACCCUUCUGGCCUCCCUCCUAUCUCGAUUCUUCUUCGUCUGGCUGCUGAACGUCGUCUGUUUCUUCGUCAUUUUAUUGUGGGCCAUUCCGGAUCUGUUUUUGAAAACGACCGUGAGGCGUAGACAAGGAGGGACGAAACAAGGGGGGUCCUUUCGGUCAGAAGAUGAACUGGAUUUUAACACGUCAGCCGCUAGGAUACGGAACUGGCAAUUGUUCUAUGGAGCGGUGGAAGCGAAUAGUACGAUGGCGUCGUCUAGUGGCGAGUUCGAAACUACCGAUUGUGCUGAUCACAAUUCUAACAGCAGAAACAAGCACCACGUGACUUUUACGGAAAAAUCCCCCCUCGAAAACAAACCGAGUACGUCCCUGGGACAGGAGAGCGGAAAUUUCAGGAGAUUCUCUGAUGUGGCGGGAGAUGUUGCAACAUUGCCCCAUAUAGUAGAGAAUGACGUCAAUGAUGACAAUAUGGCGGUCUUAAGGGGACAAAGGCCCUGGUCCUACCUGGAACAAGGGAAAAUUGAGUUUCCCAAGAAAUGUGGGGUCAUUGUUUCCUGUACGAGGCUGUAAUGGAUGGACUGAAGAAAUUGCCAUAACAACUAACCAGUAAUUCCUAUUUUUUAUGUCUUAUAUUGUUUGUAUGUACAUAUUUUAUAUUUUGAGCGUAUUAAAUUUUUGUAUUUAA